AUGGCUCCACCUCCAGUCUGCUGGUCUGACCUCCCAGAAGACCUGCUGGAGCUAAUCCUCAAGCAAGUAAUGGACAUUGCUGAUCUUUACCAAUGUCGCAACACUUGUCAUUUAUGGCGGUCUCUUGCAAAGAAACUAUUAGCAUUGUCACCUCCACAGCUACUUGGUACAAGAGACCUCUACAAUAAUAAAAACCAUAACCGUAUAAAGUUAUCGGACUAUUUCACCGGCAAUUCCACUUUUUUUGAAACUCCCAAGUUCAAGAGUCAUGAUGGUUGUACAUAUGUCCCCAACCAUGUCCACUCCUCGCGUGGUUGGCUAGUAAUACAUUACACCAAAUCAUCCAGCUCUCCAAAUCAAUGUAUCUAUCUCUAUAACCCAUUGUCAGGAAUGGGGUUUUGGCUCUCAAUUUUCCUACGUGACAAUUCUAACAAUCCAUAUAGCUUACCAAUCCAGCCAGAAAAUGUGGUUUUUCCACCAAUCAAGUUAUAUUUAUCAUCUAAAAAACCAACAAGUAUAAGUUGCAUUAUUUUCAAUCUUGGUCCUGGAAUUUAUGCUGCGUGGGAGAGGAAGUUUUGGAGACCAGGAGACAAGAAGCGGAUACCCAUCCUUCGUUCCGGCUUCUGUAUUAAUAGUAUCAUACACUACAAGGAUGAAUUUUAUGGAAUUGACCCUUUCCCUCACCAUAGCUAUGUCAAUGGAGAAAUAGAACAAUUCUUUGUACAAUUGGAGUUCAUGGGUUCCUCCCCUGGUGUCAAAAGAAUUCCCACUAAAAUCAAUAGACCACAGUAUAUGUCAACAAACCAUGCCUCUCAAUUUCUGGUGGAAUCAUUGUGUGGGAGCUUGUUGUUGGUUUGUAAAACUUGGAUACAUAUUGAUAGCAUCUGGAGGUUCGAGGUGUACAAAUUGGAUUGGGGGAAGAGUGAGUGGGAGAAGAUCACAAGUUUAGGGGAUCAAGCAAUUUUCUUGGAAGAAGAUUCUAUAUGCAUACAAGCUAGUGCCUCUACAAAAUACAAAAAGAAUUGCAUCUAUUUCAUGGAUUGGGAUUUGAGACACCUAGUUGCAAUAUAUGACAUGGGAAAUCAGACUGUGUCUCAGCCUCUUUUUCCUCUCCCUGAUUUUGAUUGGAGAUACCCCAGUUGGUUUAGACCAGAAAUAUAA